CAACAGUUUACGUUGGCAACCGCCAAUUAAAACCAGAAGAAGAAGUUGUUGUUGUUCUUCUGGUUUUCUUGUACUUUUAUUCCCUGUGGUAAAACUUGUAAACAGUGGAUUUGUGGUCGGCGUGUUUGAAUAGGGACACAGCAGCAUGCCAAAGAAAAAGAAAAGCGGCCUGAGCCCCUCCCGAGCGGCGGAAUACGGCAGCGGCUCCGAGAGUCGAGCGCACGCGGCGAGUGGCUGCUCUGUGACCCGGCGGGACUCAUCAGAUGAUCACUUCGGAUCCACGCAGUUCAGCAGACAUCAGCUGGAAUCACAAAACCGAGACGAAAUCGUCCAGAGCAUGCAGGAGAUGUUUUCACACCUGGACCCCGAUGUCAUCUACAUGGUGCUUUCAGAGGCGGAUUUUAAAGUGGACAAUGCAAUGGAUUCUCUGUUGGAGCUGUCAGACGCUGCCGAGGGCACAGCCCCACCUCCUCCUUCGGUCUCAGGGUUUGAGCAGGCUGCCGCUCUCCUGAGAGCGAACAUCACUCCGGCAGACGCCCUCAGUGCAAACCAUCCUGAUUCACUCAAUCCUACUGAAACACUCCUGACAGAAGAGUUUGAUGCUCUCUUAGAUCAGGAACUUCAAACGUUGACGGCACCGCAGACUCAAACCGGCUCGCCUCCUCUGAUGUCUUCUCAAUCGCUCCCUCUCUCCUCGCUGCCUCUUACAUCCCAGUUUCCAGCUCCUCAGACUUUACCAGAGAAGGCCUCUUACUCUGAUCCCGGGCUCAGUGAGGCCCGUGGCGGUAGUUCACCGGUGAAUGAAUUAAGUUUCGGUGGGGAUCAUAUCCCGGAGACCAAAACCAUAUCUCUUGACUUCAGUCACCUAACGCUAGAGGCCAGCUCUACUGAACCAAGACCCUCAGCCUUUCAGGUGUACCGUAGACCUGAACAUCUCCGUAACCACACGGCGUCAAUGCAGCAUCAAGAAGCUCUCAGCACACCUGCCAUGUUCUGGAACACUCAGGCUGCCGAGUUUCAUCCCCGCGCUGUGAGGCCGGCCUUCAUUACACCUGUCAUUCCUAACUCCACAGCAUGGAGCGCUCAUGCCAUCCCUGCCGCUCAGUGGUUGGCUCAUGGACCUAUCAGACAAGCGCCUCUGAAACCUUCUGCAACUGUGCCGAAGUCAUGGACUGUGCCCUCCAGGAGCAGACUCAGAUUAGAAGGGCAGGUGUUGGUGUUACUUCGAGGGGCUCCUGGAUCAGGCAAAACCACCCUUGCCAAUGCUAUGUUGGCGCAGAACCCUGGAGGGGUUGUUUUAAGCACUGAUGCUUAUUUUACUCGAAAUGGAGAGUACCAUUUUGAGCCCCAUUUACUAGCCGAGGCCCACGAGUGGAAUCACCAGAGAGCAAAAGAGGCUUUUGAAAAAGGCCAGUCACCCAUCGUAAUAGACAACACCAAUAUACAAUGCUGGGAGAUGAAACCAUAUGUUGCUAUGGCACAGAAACACAGAUAUAGGGUGCUGUUUCGUGAGCCAGAUACCUGGUGGAAAACUAAACCCAGAGAGCUGGAGAAGCGCACAAGGCAUCAAGUAUCAAAAGAGAAGAUCCGACGCAUAUUAGAAAGGUACGACCGAUUUGUCUCUGUCCAGAGCAUCAUGAAUUCAGAAAGAGCGGAACCGGUGCCAAGUGUUGUGGAUUUGACCCAAACCGAGACUGAGCAACCCCAGCAAUCUUUACCCCCUGGCCUCAGCCAUCCUGACCUUGUUGGUGACUCUGGGUUGAGCAAACUCAACACAAACCUUUCCUCAUCUUUGCCCGAUGUGUCCUCUGUUAGCCAGACUUACAGUACCAUAUCUUCAGGUGAGGAAGAAGGUGAAAUAAGCUCCUACAGUUCCAAGGAGUCCAUGUUGUUCCGUGAGAACAUUCUGGAAGGGUCUGGAACACCUCCGUCGGAUCUGCUUGAUGCCGAAGCGUUAGACUCAGAGGUAGAUGCCUGCCUUGUGGACACGGAAAAAGAACUGGGAAGUUUGAGUGGCGGGACAACUGAAGAAUUUGUAGCGUCAGCGCUUGAAACGUUUCCGGAGCUGCCUGUGGCAUUUUCAGAGUCCAUUGCUCAGCGUGUGAGGAGGGACAGAGGAAAAGACAGAAAUGCCCUUGCAACUAGUGAUUCCUCAGGGAGAGAGAAAGAGAAGGGAUGUGAAGUUGAGUCUCUUUCUGAAGACAGACGAGUGAGGCCUGAGCUGUUGGAUUUUGUGGGGGACUGGCCAAUAGAGUCUCAAGGACAACGUCAAAGAAGACGUCAGAAUUCAAGAAACAACACUGUUUUGCAAUCCAGUCCUGUUGAACACAAAUAUAACACUUCUGCUGAUGAAGAAAAGCAUUCUGAAUUCCAAAAACUUGUAGAUCUGCUGCAAGGUGGAAUAAACUCUUCUCUCCAAGCGCCAGCUUUAAGUAAACGGGCUACUCUGCGUUCCCCGUCCUUUGGUGGAAAAGAGGGUAACUUGAACCUGGAGACUGCGGUUUGGCCUGAACUCCCUGACUGUGUGCUGGAGAGAACGUUCUCAGAGUGCGCUGACCCAUGCAAGGAUUAUUCUAAUUCUUCAAGUCCAUCGAAACCGAGAGCAGACCCAACUGAGCAGUCUGCUGAGAAGAGCACGCAGGAUGAGGCACAUCAGGAGGACAGUGUGCCGUCAGAAGAGAAACGCAGAUUGAACCCAAAUGUCCAAGAAACUCUGUGUUCAAAGGUUGUCGUAGAUUCAGAAAGCAGUCUGGAGAGACGGAGAGGGCUUAGCCGGAGAGUGGGGAAAUCUUGUAAACUGGCACUUACCUUCACUAAUCAAAGCCCUACGUCGCCUUGCUCACAAUCUCCAGUUAUUUUGCAUGUGCCCACUGAUCUCGCACCUACAGGAGAACCUCCGUCAUUACCGGUGGUGUUAUGUUCCUGUGCAUCGACCCAAACACAACCUCAGGACUUUGCCUUGCUUUGGAGAAUUGACCAGCAGAAAUGUUCCGAGUUAGACUCUGAUUUAUCAAGUAGCGGUGUGUUUGUUUUGGAGGGAAAGGCUUUGCGUUUCACCCCAAAAAUGAAUGAAGAGCAGUCUGGCUGCCAGCAGGGAGUGCUGUACCGUGUAGUCCACGAGAAGGGUUCUCAGGUGGAGGAGAACGACUUUAGAGAAACUCACUCUAAAAAGCAAAACCUCGAGAUUCUGAGUCGGCAUUUCAGAUGUGUCUCCAUGGAUAUUCUGGAGGACCUUUAUGAGAAGUGCCAUCAAGAUAUUGAGUGGACAACUAACUUGUUACUAGAUUCUGGAGAGCGACUGUAUAAAGCAGAUGAUGAGGAUUGCGAGGUUGACAUGGGGUCUUUGGUUCCUGAGGGAGAGUCAUGUGAACCAACUGUAGAAACCGUGAUGGGCUCAGAAAGUGACUCCAGCAACAAUUCAGCAAGUGCCAUUAGUCCCAAGUUCCAGGAAUCUAACCUUAGUGAUGUUAGCCAAGCUGAUGAUGAUUGGAGUCCAUGUCUGAGUUCACAAAGCGAAGCUGGAGGAUCUGACGAGGCGAGCAUGACGAUGAAACAAUGUGAGCCCAAAACUUCCUUUGCGACAGAAGGCGCUAAAGAACAACUGGAGGUUACAGCAGCUAAUGAGGAACAGCCAGACAAAACAGGUCCAGGGCAGGAAGAGGCUUUAGACACGCAAGGUGAGAAUGCUGAUCAGUGCCUGGAGGGAGCAUUGAAGGAAGGGAGCGAAGAGGAGGAUGAGGAGACAAGAGCAGAGGUGAAUGCCAUAACUCAGUCACUGCUGUGUCAGAUUGAUGAAAUGGAGAGGAAGGAACGAGAAAGAGAGAGAAAGAGAGCCGGACAGGGGGGAAGAGAGACAAAUUCAAUGGAUAUUCAAACCUUGGAGCUGAAACUUCCGACUGAACUUGCAUUGCAGCUCUCUGAGCUUUUUGGACCUGUUGGGGUCAGUCCAGGUGCGUUUUCAUCCGAUGACUGUGCAGUGCAGAUAGACCUGAACUUGGCCAAACUGCUGCACCAGAAAUGGAAGGAAACUAUCCAAGAGAAGCACAGACAGGCAGCUCUGUCCUAUCAGCUAAUGCAAGAGAGUCCUGUCCACUGGGGUGAAUCGCAGGGAAGCAAAAGCACGCUGAGGGACCAAUUAGGUUUGCAUGAAGAAAUUCCUUUUAUGGAUCACUGGAGUGCAUCCCGUGCUCCUGUCUCCCUGAGGGACAUCAUGACUGAAGAGCAGGAGAUGCAAGACAGCAUGGAGAAGUCCAGGUCAGGUCGGAGGGACCUGGAUAAGAAAGACGGUGCAGCCAAGUUGAAGGAGAACCAGCUGUUUUCCAUGUUCCCCACCAUAGACCGACAUUUCCUCAGGGAUAUCUUCAGAGAUCACAAUUACUCUCUGGAGCAGACCGAACAGUUUUUGCAUGCUCUGUUGGAUGAAGGGCCGGUCAGAAACGUAGUGGCUCCUGAACCUGCUUCUCAGCGUAAUGGCGCGCACAGAACUCCGAGCAAAGAGCGGAGAUGGAAGCCGAGAGACGGGGAGGCGGAAGCUGCACAAUUCCAGGAUUCGGAGGAUCCAGAAUAUGAGGACUUCCGCACAGAGGCAACACUGCAGAGACGUCAGCAGAUAGAGUGUUUUAACAAGGCAGCUGAAGCCCAUCAUCAGGGACGCAAGGAUGUGGCUAGUUUCUACGCACAACAGGGUCACAUGCACGGGGAGAAGAUGCGUGAAGCAAACCACCGAGCAGCCAUGCAGAUAUUCCAGCGAGUGAACGCUUUCCUCCUGCCUCAGAAUAUUCUAGAUCUCCAUGGACUGCAUGUGGACGAGGCCCUUCAUCAUCUUGGUCAGGUUCUCACCGAUAAAAAUUUAGAGUUCAGUCAGGGUUUGUGUCAGCCUCAGCUGUCAGUCAUCACGGGAAGAGGCAAUCGCAGCCAAGGAGGAGUGGCACGCAUCAGGCCUGCUGUACUUGACUACCUCAAAAAGCACUGCUACAGUUGCACCGAGCCUAAGACCGGAUUGGUGCUGGUCACGCUUCACAAAGAGCUGCAAUAAUGAAGCUUUUACUCUUAGGUUUCUCUCUUUCCACUGCCUCAAUCCACGGUGUUUUCUCUGAGGACUAACAGUGCCAGUAUUUACACAACUCUUUUGUCUUUUUACUACAUACAUAUUUUCACGUCUUUCUGUAAUAGUGCAUCGAAGUCAUAAAAAUCAAUGUAUUUUAGAAUGUAUUGAGCUGUAUAUACAGAUUAUAAUUUCUUGAAUGUUGAUGCUCUGUUGUAAGGCCAUUAGUCACAAUAGAUAGUGGCCAUGCAUUUUUCCUAAUCAGACUGUAUAGAAGAAAGAGUGGAUUGUUAUUCAGGUACUUUGUUUGAUAUUUAAUUUAUUUGUUGUACAAUGUUUUGAUCCAUGCUUUUGGCUUGUAAAUGCAAUGCAACGUCAGUUUUACGAGAUCUAGGAUGUGGUUUUCAGAGAUGGAGGGGCACAUGGGGACGUCACAGGAUGGCUUAUUCUUGUCAGUGUUGGUAUAUAUACAAAUAUAUUUAAUAGCGUUUCUGGAAAUAUAAAUGCUGAUCCUCAGUCAGCUUUGCAUUUUAGUUUGUUUGUGAGCAGCUUGGAUUGAUCCUAGAUCAGAAUGAAAGAUUUUAUGUUGCUUUGAAGUGCUAGUGCUCGAGUUUUAGCUCAGCUUUGGUUUUUAUAUUUCCAGUUUAAAAUGUUUAUGCCACACGUGUUUUUAUAGACAUCUUAAUGCUGCUAUGCAAAUCACAAUUCUUAUGUGUCAGAAUUUAUUCUUGAAAAAUGUUUUUGUGAAAUUGUAUAUUUGCAAGAUUUUAUAUAUAUAAUUUUGUUUUAUUUAAAAAAAAAAAUGAAGGGAAAAAAUAAAGUCUUAAAAU